AUGGAAACUCAUGUCUUUCGUUGUGGUAAUAAUGGCCGACGAUAUUAUUGGCCAUCCUUGUUCCAUCUUGAUCCAUGUACUUCCGCUACUGUUCCCUUAUUUAUUAUUGAUGUUUUGAAGGCACCCAUUGCCCGUGACUUCUAUCUUGGUUCCAUACCACUGGCGUAUGCGAAUGCCAUUCUUAUAGGGAACCAUGUGGUUACCUCCAUUGAAGUUGGGGGUAGAAUAGUAGGAGAAGAGAUGAUUCUGAGUUCUGAUGAUGAAUCUGCUACUACUAUUAUACUAUCCAUUGAUGAUACUUCCGGUCAUCGGUCCAUCUUACGUUGUAGAGUCCCCUUUGGACUAUACUUGGCCCAGGGACUCCAAUGGGGUCAUACCUAUGGUGUUAUAGUUGUCAUUAAGGGACAUUUGUUGAUAAGAAACCGUCAGCUACAAGGUCGAGCGUUACAAGUAAAGGAUAGAAAUGGUGACUUCUCCUCGGAACUUAGUAUAUGGAAUAAGACCUUGAAGUACCGUAAGGACCACUUAAGUGUGGAUUGGGAAGUAGUAGUGCCUGAUACUACAGACAUUUACAAGUCGUCACAAGAUGGUAAAGUUAAAGAUUCAACAGUUAAAGACUCAGCAGUUCUUGUGAUUAGUAGUGAUUCAGAAGUAGAAGAAGAAGAGAUACCCAUCUCCACAGGAAUAGAAGAUUCACUAUACCUACCAAAUAGAAAGCGUUACGAUAUUAUAGACACUGACAGUGACUCUCUUACAGAAGUUGUCGGGGAUUCAAGUGAUAUUGAAGUCAUUGCUAUCAAUAGACAGGGACCUCCUCGUCAUAUUCUAUUGGCAGAAAUCAUUAGAAUACUAAUACUUAAUAAGUUUGUUCCUAUCCUGGUCCCCCAACUCUACAAGGUACACCUCCGCGAUAAAUGGGGUACCUUUGGGGGUAUUCUCGAAGCAUGUCAAGAGUUAUACCGUCAUUACAACUUGAUUCAUAUUUCCACUAGAAACAAAACAAUAUCGUCCACAAACCUAAAGAAUCUUUAUAACAACACAGCCAACUGUUUAAGACGUAUGAAAUUGGCAAAAAUGACUUUUGAUGAAGACAGAACCUUCGAUGUCCCCAAAUAUAUCGCUGAAUUCCCCCAGUUCACUCUGGAGAAUUGGGACUUUAGGAUCAUGAACUCACUCAUUGACUUCAUCGUUAUGUACGAUGUCGGAGAUAAAAAUAGAUGGGUCUGUGGUAAGUUUCAAUGGAGAUUCAAAGGGUAA